UUUAACUUUACAUAUAAUAAUUGAAGGGGCGGCCAUCUUGGUUCCCUGUCAACUUUCCCAUUUGAUCUGAAUAAAAAAAAAAAAUAUUGCAAUUUUUUUUCUCCUCUACCUCUCCUCUUUCCUUCCCUAAUUCAACUCUUUUUGAUCCCUACUUUUGUUUUUUGAAGGCACUUUUUUUCCGUCCGAAUAAAGCCCGAAGAGAAAAAGAAGAAGGGGGGUGGGGGUCAGAGACAAAGAGAAUUCCGAUUUUUUUUUUAAACCCCCCCCCCCCAGCCCCCACCCCUGGGGUGUUGAUAUUUUUUUCUUUCCUGAAGUGAUUUUUUUUUCGGAUUGUUUUUAAGGUACAUUUCGGAGAUUUCGGCGGAUCUUAGAGACGGCGCCGGACCGAGUCACCCCUUCACCCCGCCUGGGCAACUCCAUCGGCCCUUGCGGGCGAUUUUCCUGAGGUAAACUUUGGCCGGGGAGGGGGACUCGGAAGCCCGAGGCGACGGGCGAGCCGCCGGGAGGACCCGGGCGGCCGAUGUCCUCCUCCCCUCUGAGGGACGAGGAAGAGGAGAUGGCCGUGUCCGAAGAAGGGGACGGCGAAAAGGAGGAGGAAGAAGAGGAUGAAGAAGAAGUAGCAGCGGAGGGUGACGGAGGGGACGGCGACGAGGGGGAGGAGGAUGAGGACAAUCCUCAGGCGACACACAGGCGCCAUAGCCCCAGCCUCCUUUUCCCGCCAACGACCUCCAGGGAGCCGGGGAGUGUUGAAACCGACGACGCGCCAUCCGUCGCCGCUGCCGCAGAAGAUGAAGACGACCUUUCUCCAACCCCUUCUCCCGAAAUUGUCGCAAAGAAAAAGCGAGGACCUAAGAAGAAGAAUAAAGACAAACCAAGAGAGAUAAAGAUCAUCCGAGAACGCAAACGGAAAAAGCCAGACAGUGACGAGGAUCUGCUUUGGGAUGAGGGGAUCGGAGAUCAGGUCUCCCAGGACAGCGAUGCUGAGGUGGAAGGGAAGAAGAGAAAGAAGAAACACAAAGAAAAGAAAGAGAAGAAAAGCAAGAAGCGGAAGAAAGAUGAAGAGGUGGUUGAAGAGCGCAAGGUGGAGCAGAAGUCCUCCGCAGUGCUGCUGUCCAGCUGGGGAUUGGAGGAUGUGGAUCACGUUUUCACAGAUGAUGAUUAUCACACGCUAACAAACUACAAGGCGUUCAGCCAGUUCAUGAGGCCUCUCAUUGCCAAGAAGAAUCCCAAAAUCCCCAUGUCUAAGAUGAUGACCAUUCUGGGUGCCAAGUGGCGGGAAUUCAGUACCAACAACCCUUUCAAGUCAUCUCCCGCAGCGGUGGCGGCAGCGGCGGCAGCUGCUGCAGCAGCAGUGGCCGAGCAAGUGACUGUCAUCCUCCCUUCUUCUACCAGCGUGCCCCAGGCAAUGCCAAUCCGCAGAGCCAAGACCAAGGAAGGCAAGGGUCCCGGCCACAAGAAGCAGAGCAAAGUCAUCCGAAAACCUGAGGCCAAAAAAAAGCCAGCCAAAAAGAAAGUGGCCCUGAUGAAGAUCAAGCUGGGAGGAGUGAAACGCAAGGCUGGUAGUUCGAGCGAGGAGAUGGAACUUGCGGAAGCUUCUGACCUGGAGAAUUCCAGCGUCCACAGCUCUUCCGCCCCCUCGGACAGCUCGGGAAGGGUAAAGAGGAAGAGAGGGAGGCCAGCGGGAAAAAAGAAAAAAGUUGCCCUGGAGGAAGGGGUGUCUGCAGGUGAGGGCUACGAAACAGACCACCAGGACUACUGCGAGGUGUGCCAGCAGGGCGGCGAGAUCAUCCUGUGUGACACAUGCCCACGCGCCUAUCACCUGGUGUGCCUGGAGCCAGAGUUGGAACAUGCCCCCCAGGGCAAGUGGAGCUGCCCACACUGUGAGAAGGAAGGAGUCCAGUGGGAAGCCAAGGAACUGGAGGAGGAGGAGCUGGAGGAGCAUCGGCGGGAGAGACGGGAAGAGGAAGACGAUCACAUGGAGUUCUGCCGCGUGUGUAAGGACGGGGGAGAGCUGCUGUGCUGCGACGCCUGCGUCUCCUCCUACCACAUCCACUGCCUGAACCCCCCACUGCCCGACAUCCCGCACGGGGAGUGGCUCUGUCCCAGGUGCACGUGUCCACAGCUAAAAGGCCGGGUCCAGAAGAUCCUACACUGGCGUUGGGGGGUUCCCCCGGAAGGGAUCCCUCCGUCUCUCCCGGCCAAUGUGGAGGUGGACCAGGAUGCUCCACGCGCCCUGCAGGGGAGGUCUGAGAGAGAAUUCUUUGUGAAGUGGGCGGGAAUGUCAUACUGGCAUUGCAGCUGGAUCACCGAGCUACAGCUGGAGAUCUUCCACACUGUCAUGUACCGCAACUUCCAGAGGAAGAAUGACAUGGAUGAGCCCCCUCCUUUUGAUUAUGGAUCAGGAGAAGAUGAGGGAAAGAGCGAGAAAAGCAAAGACGCUGAGUACUCUGACAUGGAAGAGAGGUUCUACCGAUACGGCAUCAAGCCAGAGUGGAUGUCUCUGCAGAGGAUUAUCAACCACAGUGUGGACAAGAGGGGGACGUAUAGCUACCUAGUGAAGUGGAGAGACCUGUCUUAUGACCAGUCAACGUGGGAAGAGGAUGGAAUGAAGUUGCCUGACUAUGACUAUCACAAGCAGAUGUACUGGAGACACAGGGAACUGAUCAUGGGUGACAGUAUCUGCUGUCCUCCCAAGUAUAAGAGGAAUCACAAAGAAACCUACUUGGAUGACGUCCCAAGCUCUCCCACCAAUGACCCUACGGUCAAGUACGAAACUCAACCAGCCUUUGUCACCUCCACCGGUGGUACUCUACAUAUGUACCAGCUAGAGGGAUUAAACUGGCUGCGAUUCUCCUGGGCACAGGGCACAGAUACCAUCCUGGCAGAUGAGAUGGGGCUGGGGAAGACCAUACAGACCAUUGUGUUUCUAUAUUCUCUUUAUAAAGAGGGACAUACGAGGGGCCCCUUCCUUGUUAGUGCCCCACUGUCAACCAUCAUUAACUGGGAGCGAGAGUUCCAUAUGUGGGCUCCAGACUUCUACGUGGUGACCUAUACUGGGGACAAGGACAGCAGAGCUGUGAUCCGAGAGAACGAGUUCUCCUAUCAGAACAACGUCAUGAAGGGAGGGAAGAAAGCCUUUAAGAUGAAGGCACAAGCCCAGGUCAAGUUUCAUGUCCUCCUCACCUCCUACGAGCUGGUGACCAUUGACCAGGCUUCUCUAGGAUCCAUCCGUUGGGCUUGCCUGGUGGUAGACGAGGCUCACCGCCUCAAGAACAACCAAUCAAAGUUUUUCCGGGUGCUCAAUGGAUACCAAAUCGACUAUAAGCUGCUCCUCACAGGAACCCCGCUGCAGAACAACCUGGAGGAACUGUUCCACCUGCUCAACUUCCUCACCCCUGAGAGGUUCAACAACCUGGAGGGAUUCUUGGAGGAGUUUGCGGAUAUCUCUAAGGAAGAUCAAAUCAAGAAGCUGCACGAUCUGCUGGGACCCCACAUGCUGCGCCGCCUCAAGGCCGACGUCUUUAAGAACAUGCCGGCGAAGACAGAGCUCAUUGUCCGAGUGGAGCUUAGCCCCAUGCAGAAAAAAUAUUACAAGUUCAUCCUUACGCGUAACUUUGAGGCUCUCAACUCCCGGGGCAGUGGGAAUCAGGUGUCGUUACUGAACAUCAUGAUGGACCUGAAGAAGUGCUGUAAUCACCCGUACCUCUUCCCUGUGGCUGCAAUGGAGUCUGCCAAGCUGCCGAGUGGUGCCUAUGAGGGAGGAGCUCUGAUCAAAGCCUCCGGGAAGCUGCUCCUACUACAUAAGAUGCUUCGGAAGCUGAAUGACCAGGGACAUCGAGUGCUCAUCUUCUCCCAGAUGACGAAGAUGCUGGACCUGCUAGAGGACUUCUUGGACUUUGAGGGGUACAAAUAUGAGCGAAUCGACGGAGGGAUAACCGGCUCCUUGAGGCAGGAGGCUAUCGACAGGUUCAACUCCCCAGGAGCCCAGCAGUUCUGCUUCCUGCUCUCCACCCGAGCCGGAGGUCUAGGGAUCAACCUGGCGACGGCCGACACAGUCAUUAUAUACGAUUCCGAUUGGAACCCCCACAACGAUAUUCAGGCCUUCAGCCGCGCCCACCGGAUAGGCCAGGCUAACAAAGUGAUGAUUUACCGGUUUGUGACGCGAGCGUCAGUGGAGGAGCGGAUAACCCAGGUGGCCAAGAGGAAGAUGAUGCUGACGCAUCUUGUGGUGCGGCCAGGGUUGGGCUCUAAGGCCGGCUCCAUGUCUAAGCAAGAGCUGGAUGACAUCCUGAAGUUUGGGACAGAGGAACUAUUCAAGGAUGAAAUUGAAGCUGGCGACAACAAGGAGGAUGACAGCAGUGUCAUUCAUUACGACAACGGGGCAAUUGCGCGACUUCUGGACCGUAACCAGGAUGAGACUGAGGACACCGAGGUCCAGAACAUGAACGAAUAUCUCAGCUCCUUCAAAGUGGCGCAGUAUGUGGUCCGCGAGGAGGAGAAGCUGGAGGAGUUGGAGCGGGAGGUGAUUAAGCAGGAGGAGAAUGUAGAUCCUGAUUACUGGGAGAAGCUGCUGAGACAUCACUACGAGCAGCAGCAGGAAGACCUGGCACGGAACCUGGGCAAAGGGAAAAGAGUGCGCAAGCAAGUCAACUACAAUGACGCUGCACAAGAAGAUCAGGAUAACCAGUCUGAAUACUCCGUGGGCUCAGAAGAAGAGGACGAGGAUUUUGACGAGCGGGCAGAAGGUCGCAGGCAGUCCCGCCGACAGCUGCGUAAUGAGAAGGAUAAGCCGCUGCCACCUCUCCUGGCACGGGUUGGUGGAAACAUAGAGGUACUAGGGUUCAACACGCGGCAGCGGAAGGCCUUCCUGAACGCAGUUAUGCGCUGGGGGAUGCCGCCCCAGGACGCGUUUAGCACCCAUUGGCUGGUGCGUGACCUGCGGGGCAAGAUGGAGAAAGAAUUUAAAGCGUACGUGUCGCUGUUCAUGAGGCACCUGUGUGAGCCGGGCGCCGACGGGUCCGAGACGUUUGCAGACGGAGUUCCCCGAGAAGGGCUAUCUCGCCAGCAGGUUCUGACCCGCAUUGGAGUCAUGUCACUGGUCAAGAAAAAGGUGCAGGAGUUUGAGCACAUUAACGGGCGGUGGAGUAUGCCAGAGCUAAUGCCGGACCCCAGCCUGGACUCCAAGCUUUCAUCGCGGGCAUCUUCACCCACCGUGAAGACCAGCACCACCACGCCGGAACCCAGCCUCACCAAUACCCCUUGCACAUCCAAGCCAGCCACUCCAGCCCCAAGUGAGCGUGCAGAAAAUGGGGGGACCCCUGUUGAUAAAGGAGAGGAGACGGAGGGCAGAGAAGAGAGGGAGAAAGGAACAGAGAAGAAAGAGGUGGAGGGGCCAAACGCAGCGAGUGUGAGGACCCCGAGCCCUCAGGAUCCAGCCAGCCCAUCUUCCAACGCUGUUGCAGAGAAGAGCGAUGAGAAACCCCCCGUAGACCCACCAGACUUGCACCCAGGGAGGCCAGAGGUGGGGAAACAGACCCCAGUCCUGGAAGAGAAGAAUGCUCCUCAGGCGGAGAAACCACAAGAUGGGGCCACUGAGAAAGAGCUGACAGCUGCAGCAGAGAGGCCGGACAUGGGGCAGGGAGAGGCGCCCAGGGGGCCAGAGGAGGUGAGAUGUGAGAGGGAGGCGCUGAAAGACGCGAAGCCCAACAGCCAACAGCGGGAAGAGCUGAGGAACAGCAACGGGAGGAAGGAGGAGAUCCGUCUGGAGCGGCCUCGGUUCAUGUUUAAUAUCGCUGAUGGGGGUUUCACAGAACUUCACACCUUGUGGCAGAAUGAGGAGCGGGCAGCCAUCUGCUCUGGCAGGCUGAACGAGAUCUGGCACCGCCGACACGAUUACUGGCUGCUGGCCGGAGUUGUGGUACACGGUUACGCGCGGUGGCAAGACCUCCAGAACGACCCUCCCUUUUCUAUGAUUAACGAGCCGUUUAAAUCCGAGACCAACAAGGGGAACUUCCUGGAGAUGAAGAACAAGUUCCUAGCUAGACGAUUCAAGCUGUUGGAACAGGCUCUGGUUAUCGAGGAGCAGCUGCGUCGUGCAGCCUAUCUGAAUAUGACACAGGACCCCUCUCAUCCUGCUAUGGCCCUCAAUGCCCGCUUCUCAGAGGUUGAAUGUCUGGCUGAAAGCCACCAACACUUGUCCAAGGAGUCCCUGGCGGGAAACAAGCCAGCCAACGCUGUUCUACAUAAAGCUCAGCAUAUUUUAAAACCGCUAAGAGAAGACAAUUGUGCAGAAAGGGACCAGAUCUCCCAUGAAUCCAGGAAACGGCACAUCCAGGUGCUAAACCAGCUGGAGGAGCUGCUGAGCGAUAUGAAGGCAGAUGUAACGCGCCUCCCUGCGUCCCUCGCCCGCAUCCCACCCAUCGCCGCCAGACUGCAGAUGUCCGAGCGCAGUAUCCUGAGCCGGCUGGCAAGCAAGGGGAGUGAGAGCACAGCUCCUCCGGUGUUUCCCCCUGGUCCUUUCACCAUCCCUCCUCUCUUCGGGGGGCAUUUCCCAAGCAACCCACCCACAGCACCUCAUACUGGGGCCAGUUAUAAUCAGAUGCCCCUAGGGUCCUACUUGUCAGCUUCUAACGGUCCCCCCAUCCUGGUGAAGAAAGAGAGGGAGCUGGACUUGUUGGACAGGAAAGAUGGAAGGACCGGAGAGGUGAUUUGUAUCGAUGACUGAUGCCUGAUUCCCCCCCCCCCCCUCAUCCCCACCUUCCCCCGCGCGCACAAUGUUUGCUACGGAACGGGAAAGACUUGUGCAGCUCUGAGGGGAUGCAGCGACACAUGGGACCGGCUAGAGGGCAUUGCAAUCUAUUCACCCCCUGCAGCAGUUGGGACAGUUCUCUAACCGCCUCCCCCGGCCUGGCACCAAAUGAAGCCUACCAUGAAUUGGUCUCUUCCUACACGGCGGCCGUGGACGGGAGACCUCUGUUCCUCCAGUGACGAGCAAUCAAGUGCAGAUGGGAAUCGGUCUGUCUAACCAUCCCUCACCCACACGGGGUGACGCAGACAGACGGCCGCAGUGAAUGUGUCCCUCCCCAUGUAGGGUGAUACAGAUAUAAAUGAACACUGGUCCUGCCCUUACCAGGAUCACACACUGGCACCACCAGAAAGAGCAGAGGGCACUAGACCUCUUGUCAGUCUCUCUGUCCCCGUGACCUCUCUCCAGCUGCCCCCCCGGUGUACUCCAAUCCCGCUGAUGUAAACCAUGUAUAUAUAUAUAAACGUACACAUGUUGCUUUUCCGUAUGCCGCUGCUUGGCCUGCAACGCCUCAUGUGGUGCUGUUCUCAUGGUCUGCUCUCGCCUCCUGAUGUACAUAUAAAUUAUACUUUUUAUUUCA